AUGAAGUUCGGAAUCGUGGACGCGCCCAGACUGGAGCCGCACGAGUCCCAUCAUUCCUCGCCAACGGUGCCAGAUCCCAAGAGCGCCGAAGGGUGCAGCAGCGAGUGCAUAUUUGCACAGCUGAGAAAGUACGGCGUGCCGGUGGCCAUCACGCUGAUUCCAAGCAUCGGCGGUGCCUUUUCUUAUCGCUACCUUCGCAGAGAGCAGCGUCACUGGUACGAGAACCUUCGCAAACCGGUGUGGUGUCCCCGCCAGUGGCUCUUCUUCCCAGUGUUCAACGCGUGCUACGCCUCGAUGGGGCUCUCCUCGUACAUGGUGUACGCGCAGCAGGGCUUCCACGGCUCCUCCAGACUCGCGCUGCAACUGUACGGCACGCAGCUGGCUCUCGCCUGGUGCUGGGUACCGUUGCUCUUCGGACACCGCAAGCUUGGACUGGUAUACGCCCCCGUCUAA